AUGAGUGCGGGUGCGGGCGAAGGCGCGUACAGUUUCUCGCUCACGACCUUUUCCCCGAGCGGGAAACUGGUCCAGAUCGAGCAUGCUCUUGCAGCUGUUGGCCAGGGAACCACGAGCCUCGGCAUCAAGGCGUCCAACGCGGUGGUGAUUGCGACGGAAAAGCGGGCGCCCUCGCCGCUCGUGGAUGACGCGGCGCUGGAAAAGGUGGCGCUCGUGUGUCCCAACAUCGGCAUUGUGUACUCGGGAAUGAGCCCAGACUUCCGCGUGCUGCUGGCCAAGGCGCGCAAGAUCGCGCAGUCCUACUGGAAGAUUUACGGCGAAUAUCCGACGACCAAGGUGCUUGUGCAGGAGCUGGCGACGAUCAUGCAGGACGCGACACAGAGCGGUGGUGUGCGUCCGUUUGGCGUGUCGCUUCUGGUGGCCGGCUACGAUGGCGUGCGCGGUCCCGCGCUCUUCCAGGUCGACCCCAGCGGCAGCUACUUUAUGUGGAAGGCGAGCGCGAUGGGCAAGAACAUGACCAAUGCCAAGACCUUCUUGGAGAAGCGGUACAGCGACGAUAUUUCGCUUGAAGAUGCGAUUCAUACGGCGAUCCUCACGCUCAAGGAGGGCUUCGAAGGCCAAAUGACGGAAAAGACGCUCGAAAUCGGCAUCAUCGGCCAGGCAACCAAGGCGCUGGUCGGCGCCGGCAACGAGCCGCAGCCCGUCUUCCGCCGGCUGACGGAGCAGGAGGUGAAGGACUAG